AUGUCUGAAUCGGAAGAAGCUACGGCGUUGGCGCCGCCGCCGCCGCCGCCGCCGCCGGAGCAGAAUUCGCCGCCGCCCCAGUCGAUAGAGGCGCCUCCCAGAGAGCCCAGCCCCGACGUCGCCUUUCGCGUCUGGCCUCCGACGCGGACCACGCGCGACGCGAUCGUCUCGCGCCUCGUGGAGACGCUGUCGGCCCCAUCGGCGCUCUCCACUCGCUACGGCUCCCUGCCCCGGGACGAGGCGGCGUCCGUCGCCCGGGCCAUCGAGCAGGAGGAGUACGCCGCCGCCGUCGCCGCCGCCUCCGCCGACGACGACGGCCCGGACGUCCUCCAGGCGUACGCCAGGGCGAUCGCCAGGCGCAUGCUGAUCUCCGUCCAGCCGCGCACCGCCCGGGACCGCGGCUCCUUCCCGCCGAAGACCCCCGAAGUGUUGGAUGUCCCCGCUUCCUUCGAUUCCGAGGUCGAAAAGUCGUCUUCUAUUUGA